CAAGGCUUCUCGCGGCCUCUGCGGAUGGAGAAGACCGGUAACGGCAAUGGCUUCGACGGCUACGGCAACUGGAGGAACGGUUUCGGGCGCACCACCGGCCAGCCAUGCGGGAAAUGUUACCUCGGUUAGCAAGAAAAAAGAUGGUGGCCCUUCCUCGAAAUUUUGGGAAAGUUCGGAAACAGUCUCGCAAUUGGAGUCUGUUCGCAUGUGGAUUGGAAAGCAUUAUAAAAAGUAUGUCCAGACAGACUCUCCUUCCAACAAGUCUCUGGCUGGGCUCGUGGUCCAACUGCUGCAGUUCCAGGAAGAUGCCUUCGGCAGGAGAGUGAGCAACCCUGCUCUCACCAAGCUGCCAACCAAGUGCUUCCUGGACUUCAAGGCAGGGGGCGCUCUGUGUCAUAUCCUGGGCUCAGUAUACAAGUUCAAGACUGAACAAGGCUGGCGCAGGUUUGAUCUGCAGAACCCCUCCAGGAUGGACAGGAAUGUGGAGAUGUUUAUGAAUGUGGAGAAGACCCUCGUGCAGAACAACUGCCUGGUGCGGCCGCUCGUGUUCCUGGCCCCAGAAAUCGAGCAGAAACAGGCCAGCAAGCUCAAGGACAUCAUUAAGAGACACCAGGGGUCUGUCACAGAGGAGAAGGCUAAAGCCACACACCACAUCUACCCGUCUCCAACCUCAGUGGAGGAAGAGGAGUGGCUUCGCCCGGUCAUGCGCAGGGACAAGCAGGUGCUCGUGCACUGGGGGAUGUACCCGGACAGCUAUGAUACCUGGGUGUCUACCAGUGAUGUGGAGGCAGACGUGGAAGACCCACCCAAUGCAGAGAAACCCUGGAAGGUUCACGCCAAGUGGGUCCUCGACACGGACGCCUUCAACGAGUGGAUGAACGAGGAGGACUACGAGGUGGACGAGAGCAGGAAGGCCGUGAUCUUCCGCCAGCGCGUCUUCCCCAGGGAGGAGGAGUCUCCCCGUACACUCCACCGCAAGGAGCGCAAGGCGGCCGCUGCAGGGAAGAAGAGGAGGCGCUCGCCGUCCCCCUCCUCAGAGUCCCGCAAGAAAGGGGCCAAGAAAGGUAGCGCCGGGCCGUACUGUAAACGCCGCGGGCAGCGGGAGGAGGAGGAGCCAGAGGAGGACCUCACCAAGGACAUGGAGGACCCCACCCCUGUGCCCAACAUGGAGGAGGUCACCCUGCCCAAGAACGUGAACCCUAAGAAGGACAGUGAGAACACUCCAGUGAAGGGAGGCAUAAUGGCUGACCUGGAUGAACAGGAGGAUGAUUCCAUGCUCUCUGGAGGCAAGGACGAGGACGAGGGCAAGGUGGAGAUGGGUCGGCUGCUGGACUCGGGCGAGGACAACGUGACGGAGCAGACGCACCACAUCAUCAUCCCCAGCUACGCCUCCUGGUUCGACUACAACUGUAUUCACCAGAUUGAGAGGCGGGCGCUGCCAGAGUUCUUCAACGGGAAGAACAAGUCUAAGUCUCCGGAGAUAUACCUGGCCUACCGUAACUUCAUGAUCGACACGUACCGGCUGAACCCCCAGGAGUACCUGACCUCCACGUCCUGUCGCCGCAACCUGACCGGGGACGUGUGCGCCGUCAUGAGAGUGCACGCCUUCCUGGAGCAGUGGGGGCUGGUGAAUUACCAGGUGGACGCGGAGAGCCGGCCCCUCCCCAUGGGGCCCCCACCCACCCCCCACUUCAACGUGCUGGCGGACACGCCCUCCGGCCUGAUGCCCCUCCAGCACCGCCCCUCUCAGGUGUCCGCGUCCCAGCAGAUGCUCAGCUUCCCGGAGAAGGGCAGAGAGAAGCCGACAGAGCUGCAGAACUUCGGCCUCCGCACCGACAUCUACGCCAAGAAGAACCCCAAGAGUAAAGGAGCCAGUGCGGGCCGGGAGUGGACCGAGCAGGAGACCCUGCUGCUCUUGGAGGCCCUGGAGAUGUACAAGGAUGACUGGAACAAGGUGUCGGAGCACGUGGGCAGCCGCACGCAGGACGAGUGCAUCCUGCACUUCCUGCGGCUGCCCAUCGAGGACCCGUACCUGGAGGACUCGGACGCCUCCCUCGGUCCGCUGGCCUACCAGCCAAUCCCCUUCAGCCAGUCGGGAAACCCCGUCAUGAGCACCGUGGCCUUCCUGGCCUCCGUGGUCGACCCCCGAGUGGCAGCUGCUGCAGCCAAGGCAGCCUUGGAGGAGUUUUCGCGGGUGCGAGAGGAGGUCCCGCUGGACUUGCUGGAGAGCCAUGUGAAGAAGGCGCAGGAGGGGCCGCGCGCCCUGUUCAGCCUGGAGGCCAGCGGCAUCGCCGGCACUGCCCCGGAGGAGCUGGAGAACGCCGGAGCAGCAGAGCCGGAGAAGAUGGAGGUGAACCCCGAGUCCCAGCAGCCUGUCAAGGCUGAGGACAGCGAGGAGCCGGAGAGAUCCAGCCAAUCGGCAGAUAGACCAGCGGAGGGAGACCGGCUGAAGAGCGAGAGCAUUGAGCCGGCGGAGAGAGAAGAGGCCGAGGGCGAAGGAGUUCAGGAGGGCAAGACGGAGAGGGAGAAGGAGGAGGCCAUGGACACAGCCCUGAUCCCCAGGGAGGGAGAGUGGGAGGAGGGCAGGCGGAGGCUGGAGUCAGAGCUGGGGGAGGGGAACGUCGCCACGGCGGCCGCCGCCGCCCUCGCAUCCGCUGCCACCAAGGCCAAGCACCUGGCGGCGGUGGAGGAGAGGAAGAUUAAAUCUCUGGUGGCUCUGCUGGUGGAGACGCAGAUGAAGAAGCUGGAGAUCAAGCUCAGGCACUUUGAGGAGCUGGAGACCAUCAUGGACCGAGAAAAGGAAGCGCUGGAGCAGCAGAGGCAGCAGUUGCUGUCGGAGCGGCAGGCCUUCCACCUGGAGCAGGUGAAGUACGCUGAGAUGAAGGCCCGCCAGCAGAUGGAGCAGCAGCAGCCUGCCGCCGCCCCCCCCGGCCAGAACCCCGGGGGCCAGCAGGGCUACCCCAGCAUGCACCACUCCGUGGGCCCCCACCACGCUCCACAGACAUGGUCCAUGGGGGGGCCCGGCCAAGACAUGUCAGGGCGCAUGAUGCCUGCUGCACCCCCUGGUGGCCCGCAUCAGCCUCCAAUGAUGGGGUCCCGGCACCCCGGAGCCACAAACGGCAUGUACCCGACUCCGCCCCCCGCACAGCCUGAUGGGACAGCGGCUGCUCCCAUCCAUUCAGGAGCUGAGAGCUAAAACUGGUCUCCUGAAACACUGCUCAACAAAACACCUGCA